AUGGCAUCUCCCGAAUCAAAAUCACCUGAACAAUCCGAAAAAAAUCGAAAAUACGACAGGCAAUUAAGAUUAUGGGGCGAUCAUGGUCAAGCAACUUUAGAAGCUGCUCAUGUCUGUCUUAUAAAUGCCACUGGACUUGGUACAGAAAUAUUGAAAUCGCUAGUACUUCCAGGAAUAGGAGCAUUCACUAUAGUCGAUGGCAAGAAGAUUACUGUUGAGGAUGUUGAACCUAAUUUUUUUCUAGAAGCAGACAGUGUUGGAAAAUCUAGAGCACAAGUAGCCACUGAAAUGCUUUUGGAGCUGAAUCCAGAUGUAACAGGUGAUUACAUUGAUGAAGAGCCAGAACAAAUUUUAUCCAACAGUCCAGACUUUUUCAAUAGCUUUACAGUGGUUGUAGCUACUGCACUGACUGAGAAAACAUUGGUCCUUCUGUCAAAAAGGCUUUGGGAAUUGGAUAUUCCUUUAAUAGUAUGCAGGAGUAUAGGCUUUAUUGCAUAUAUGCGCAUUCAAAUAAAAGAGCAUACUGUUGUAGAAACCCAUCCAGACAACGAAACGCCAGAUUUACGUCUAGAUAGACCAUUUGAUAGCUUGAAGAAACAUUUAGAUUCCAUAAAUCUGGAUGAAAUGGGCUUCAAAGACCAUUGUCAUGUACCAUAUCUAAUUAUUCUAUAUAAAUACUUAGAAAAGUGGAUUUUGGAGCAUCGUACUUUACCAAAACUGUAUAAAGACAAACAACAGCUCAGAGACAUGAUUAAGAGUGGCAUAAGACGUGAUGAACAUGAUUCGUCUAAUAGUGAAGAAAAUUUCGAGGAAGCUAUGAAAGCUGUGAAUACAUGUAUAAGAGCGAGCGAAAUUCCCGAAAAUAUUAAAAAUAUUCUAAAUGAUGAUCGUUGCAUUAAUUUAACAGCAAAGAGCAGCUCUUUCUGGAUUAUUGCAAAAGCAGUGCGUGAUUUCGUUGAUAAUGAAGGAAAAGGACUGUUACCACUUAAGGGUACUCUACCUGACAUGACUGCAGACACUGAAAAAUAUAUUACGCUCCAACAAAUUUAUUAUAAGCAAGCAUCAGCAGAUGCAGAAGCAGUAUGGCGACGUACUUUGCAAUUGCUACGUCAAUUGGGGAGACCAUCAGAUUCAAUUUUAGAAAAAGAUGUUAAAUUGUUCUGCAGACAUGCCUCAAAUAUUCAUGUAGAGAAAGGAAGCUGUAUUGCAGACGAAUACGAUUCCAAAGUUUUUGAUACUAACAUUAUAGUUCAAAAUUUGGAGACUCCAGAAAGUAUGAUGAUCUAUUAUGUUAUGCUCCGGGGAAUGGAUAAAUUUCAAGCAGAAUACAAUUCAUAUCCUGGCGAAUUCGAUGACCAAGUAGAACCCGAUAUUGUAAAACUUAAGACAUGCCUGACAAAAUUAUUAAGUGAAUGGGGAUGCGGGCCAUUAGCUAAAGAUGAUUACGUGCACGAAUUUUGCCGAUUUGGUGGCGCAGAAUUGCAUUCUGUUUCGGCAUUUCUAGGUGGUCUUGCAGCACAAGAAACUAUCAAACUUAUUACAAAUCAAUAUAAACCUGUACACAAUACCUUCAUCUAUGAUGCUGUUACAUCAAACUCUGGAACAUUCUUUUUCUAAAACUGUUAUGUGUGGAAAAAAAUGUAUCUACAUUAAUUAAAGUAAUAAUACAAUUUUACAGCUUAU